AUGUGUGAAGCCCUGCUGACUCGCGAGAUUGUCUUCUCCACAACCUCGCGGACCACCACUUCUUCCAGCUCGAGGAGCUCCCUCAGCGAGGUGGGGGAGCUGACAUCUUCGGAUGGAUUUCAUCGACAGCCGCACCUCACUCUACCACCCCCCCAAACGUCCUUCAGCGAGGACAACCAUGCGUAUGCCUCACCGCAAAAUUUUCCCCUACGCCGACGGCGAUUUGUUCGAAAUAAGAUCCCAACCACCCCUCAUUUUUUUCAUAUUCACUCUCGACCAUCUCAAGAGCGUGAUCAAUUUUCUUUGCCUUUUCAGGAUGUGUCUGCUGUUAUCACGAACGCGAUCGUGGAUGAGGACGAAGAGAAGAACGACCUUUUCUUUUGGGGGGGAUCGAAUUCAUCAGAGAUUUUAUCUACCAUCGAAGUGGAGGAUGUGGAAUGUAUUACAACUUUUCCCUCGCCGAACAACCUGGACGCGGCGUCAAGUGCUAAGUUCGACUCUGGAAGCGAAUGGGGAGUGUACUCCGGCGAACGAACCGUUUCGUGGCCCGUGAAAGAAGUCGAAGAUAUAAUCCCUAUUUCUUCCCUCGAUGAACACCUGCUUAAAGAAAAUUCAUAG